CAGUGCACUGUGCAGCCCCUCUCUCUCUCUCUCUCUCUCUCUCAGUGUGGAGCUGGAGCAAGAGGAGCGCGGCUGUGCGGCUCCACACUUCAGGAUCACAGGCUCUCCGGGGCGGUAGAGAGUCCUCGGCACGACCGCUCAGGUUGACUCCAAGUGCUUCAGUCCGUCGCUGCUCCAUGGACGCACAAGCAGCACCAGCAGCCUCGACAACAUGCACCUCUGAACGCUCACACACGCCGUAUUUUGUUUAGCCUGAGCGGUGCGAGAGAGGGGAAAAGUCUGCAGGAUCACUUUAUUUAUUCUCCGCGGAGGCAGCGGUGCUGUUUGCCCCGGGUCUACCUGCUCGCUCAGCACCCAUGAAUUCAGAUAAAAAUGUGUACCUCGGCAGAGACAAAGGCAUCAUGCGGAAGAGAGCCUUGCUCCUUCGGAAAGGUUGCAGCUUCGAGAUUACCAGCUCUGCCUCGGAGGACCUGGGCUGCAGGCGUGGAGACUUCAGCAGGAAACACUAUGGGUCGGUUGAGCUGCUGAUUUCCAGUGACGCAGAUGGGGCUAUUCAGAGGGCAGGACGCUUCAGGGUGGAGAAUGGCUCAUCAGAUGAGACUUCGGACUACACUCCAGGAACCUGGAGGAGAACUGAUGUCCAUCUGGAGAAUCCAGAGUACCACACCAGAUGGUUCUUCAAAUACUUCCUGGGAAAAGUCCACCAGAACUAUGUGGGUACAGAUGCAGAGAAAAAUCCCUUCUAUCUGUCAGUCGUCCUCUCAGACCAGAACAACCAGCGGGUUCCUCAGUACAGAGCCAUCCUCUGGAGAAAGAUGGGGACUCUGAAGAUCAGCCUCCCGUACAGCCCGACCAAAACACUAUCGGUCAAGUCCAUCCUCAGUGCGAUGAACAUGGACAGGUUUGAGAAAGGCCCCAGGGAGAUCCUCAACCCUGAGAUCCAGAAGGAUCUGCUGGUGUUGGAGGAACAGGAGGGUUCUGUCAACUUCAAAUUUGGUGUCCUGUAUGCCAAAGACGGACAGCUCACAGAUGACGAGAUGUUUAGCAACGAGACUGGGAGCGAGAGCUUUGAUAAGUUUCUCAAUCUGCUGGGUGACAACAUAACGCUGCAGGGAUGGGCAGGAUACCGCGGAGGGCUCGACACCAAGAAUGACACUACAGGAAUUAAGUCCAUCUACACAGUGUAUCAGGGCCAUGAGCUAAUGUUCCAUGUGUCCACCAUGUUACCCUACUCCAAAGAGAACAAACAGCAGGUGGAAAGAAAGAGGCACAUUGGAAACGACAUUGUCACCAUAGUAUUCCAGGAAGGGGAUGACGCAUCGUCAACCUUCAAACCAUCGAUGAUCCGAUCGCACUUCACCCAUAUUUUUGCAUUAGUUAGGUAUAAUAGCCAGAAUGACAGUUACAGGUUGAAGAUUUUCUCAGAGGAGAGCGUUCCACUGUUUGGACCCCCUCUCCCAUCUCCUCCUGUAUUUACUGAUCACCAAGAAUUCAGGGACUUUUUAUUAGUCAAAUUAAUCAAUGGAGAGAAAGCCACACUGGAGACGCCAACGUUUGCCCAGAAGCGUCAGCGGACCCUCGAUAUGUUGAUCCGCUCGCUCUACCAAGACCUCAUGCCUGACCUGCACAAGAACAUGUUAAAUCGGCGGUCAUUCAGCGACGUUCUGCCCGAGUCUCCAAAAUCAGCACGCAAGAAGGAGGAGGCAAGGCAGGCUGAAUUUGUCAGGAUAGGGCAGGCCCUGAAGCUGAAGACCAUUGUGAGAGGAGAUGCCCCGACCAGUCUUGUUACCACAGGCCUGUGCAGAAAAGAGCCAUGGGAGUCCCAGUCGUUCUGCAGCACGUUCCCAUAUGAGAUUGUGAGCGCAGACUCCUGGGGUCAGUCUCUGCUGGUCGCCACCGACGCAGCGGGGGUCAUGCUGCUGGAUGGCCCAGAUCCAGCUUCAUCCAACGCUGAGACGCAAGCUCUGCCUCCAGUGCAGGUGUUUGACAAAACCAUGGUGGUGAAGCAGAUGCAUGUUCUCGAGCCUCAGGACCUGCUCAUCACCAGAGCCGACAAAGAUUCAAUACGGAUCCCCUAUGGUACCAAGCUUUCCCUGUACAUGUCUAAGGAUGCCGAAGGAGAAGCAGCAUGCAAGCACAUGUUCAAGAUCCCUCUGUGUAACUUGGUCGGCCGGAGCAUUGAAAGACCCCUCAAGUCCCCGCUGGUCAACAAGGUUAUGACGGCGCCGGCUCCGGCUAUGUUGCCGCCGACUCCCCUGAUCUCUGCAACACACUCACUGUCCCUGUCACGCAUGGAAAUCAAAGAGAUAGCCAGCCGCACACGGAAGGAGCUGCUUGGCUUGACAGAGGAACCAAGUGGGAAGUCGGACAGUGGAACAGUCAAACAGAGGAAGAUGAGCAAGAAGAACACUGAGGAAGAGCCCAAAGCUCGAGCACUGACGUCAACAAACAGUGACAGCAGGUUAGCAUCAGACUCUUUUGACGCAGACCUGGACGUCCAGCUGCAUUGUUCGUCCAGUUCGGAGGCCGAGCCAGAGAAGGCAGUGCUGCGGGGGGAGAGCCCACCUCUCGCCAGCGCGUUUGCCCUCUCUACAUCGUUUGAAGAAGAUGUCCUGGACCUAAAGUGAAGACAAUCCCAUCGUGCACUUCUCUGCCCGCCCACUCCUGUACUGUCACCAUUAUUUUUAUUGUUUCGUUUUGGUUUGUUUUUAAGUAGUUGAAUCCUUUGUUCUUGUCGUUUUUUUGUUUGUUUGUUUGUUUGUUUGUUUGUUUGUUUUAUAUCUAAGGUCUCUCCAUUCAUUGGACAAGAUGGGUGCGGUGGGAGUUAGAAGCCGUGUCCGUGUUCGUGAGCUCACCCUCAGCCGCUGUGUGUUGGGUGUUUGUGUUGCCCCGCACGAAAAAAAAACCCAAAGAGGCAAUGAGGUCGUGUAAGAUGCCGUGGUUAAUUCAGAGUUCUGCGAUGGUUUUCGAGACAAUGUAAACGGUUUGAUCCCAAACCACAAACUGAAUGUAAAUCUACACAUUGAGGCACGGCUAAAGCCCCCGCGUUCACAAUGCCCUCAGAAGUUGCUAGAGCUUAAUAUGUGUUGUAUAUUAUGUGAUUAUUUCCAAUCCACUUUCAAAUGUUGUAAGAUAUGCAUAUGUGUGUGUGUGUGUACAUCUGUUUAUACAUGAAAAUGCAUACACAGUGACAGGCAUGUGUGCUUGUCAUGCCUGUGAUGCAUAUUUAUAGAUAUAUUAUAAAAAUCCAUUUUAUUCCCAUAUUUAGUAAAAGUAUGAUGUUUUAUGCUGUCUGCACAUGUUAGUCCUUAUUCCUCUCCUCAGUCACAGCACACAGUUAGACAGGGCUGGAGGCAAAGUCUCCCACAAGUGCCAUUUCCCAUCAUCCUUCACUGAACUACACCUCGAAAAGCCACCGCACUCUGGUGUCUGACAGUAGCAGCCAUGAUUGUAGUCAACGUUAGAUUACUACGGUGACCCACAGCUCCUUUCAUUUACGAUUCACAUGUGCUAAACAUUUUACGCCCUCAUAAGAUGGAGGCAACAUUAAAUCUGCAUGAGCCGCCUUUGCUCCGAGUAUUCUGAGCCAAAACAUUGGCUUCUUUGGAAAUCAUGAGGUCUGCAACGUGAUACCAAAAAUAAGAGCGUGAAGCAAAACUCAACCUGAGACAACAAAAAGGCACUGAACACGGUUAUUACCAAUUAUAUUGUUUCAAAUGAAAAAUGAGCCAAUACUACUCACUAAAAUGGGUAACUAUGACUGAGAAGCAUGUAAAAUUAAGAAACUAUAUAAAACAAAUUCGCUUUCAAAUCUUAGUCCUGCUGUUUUGAUUCCAGAUGUCCGGCAAAAGACUGACUCACAGCUGGAACCACUGGUGUCCAGCAAUUGGCCAAUUCUGCCAACAUCUGUGCUUUUUUAUUUCCACAGUUUAACCACCACAUGUCCUCUGACAAGCAGCUAAACGUGUCUUUAAACCCAAUGAAGACGCAUAAGACAUGCAAUGUUUCUGUUCGGAUCCUGGUUUAAACUCCCAAACUGGUUAACAUUCAUUCAAAAUCAAAGUGUUUUACUUAAAUAAAGUUGAUGAAAUGGAUUAAAAGAGCAGCACAGACUAAAAUAUUUUGACUUUUAAUAAUAAAUGGAUCACACAUUUCCCAUAAUUAAACCCCUCAGUAGAUUCUGUCCCUAUACCUCCUCUGCCUUCUCAACACCCACUUCUUUCCAAAUUGUUUCUUUCCAGUUUCUAACUUAGGCUUUCUUUAAAGAAAAAAAGUCCUGCGUUCAGUUACCGUUAUGAAUUUAACUGGCGAUAACAUUCAUCCAAGUACAACAGGGAAACUCUGAUUCAGACUUGGCAUUUGUUAAUACAUAAUUAUCUGAAAAGAUAACAAAUAAGGAUAACUCACAUCCGCUGAAGCCAUGUUCCGAGUUAUUAACCCCAAAUCUAAUGGACAUAGAGUUAUGUUGUCGAUAAACAUUUUUUUAAUCCUUACACAACCACCUGUGUACUCGUAUUAACAAAUCUUUCAAUGAUGUUCCAUUCACACAUUGUUAGCAGAAAGCAAGAAAACAGCCUUUAUUCUGACCUGGAAGUGCUCACACCUGAUUUACAUAUAUGGUUCUUUUCCCUCAGACAAACUUGUGUAGUGUCAGCAGAUAAACAGCUUUUGUUUGCUUCUUAUUUGUAGCAGUUGUUACCAAGUGACACCAACAAAGUUUACGGAUCCAAUAAAAUUACUCUGGAUCUUAUUUUUAUCAGUAAAUUAGAGAUACCACCACCAGCGUCAGACUCCUGUUAUCUAUGACUGACGCGAACCUUUUCGCCUCUAGGCCGUUCCUAAUUACGAUUCAAACGAUAUGAUGUCAGCCCAGAAUAAGUCUCGAGCCCAAACUGAGAUAACUCCAGCCCUUUAUUACGGUUCUUUUCUCUAAUUAAAAGAAGAAGAAAAAACUCCACUGGUAACCACAGAAAACAUUACCUGACUUUGUUUGCACAGGCAGAGUAGGUCUCGUCAUGGCAGUUAAACCGAACCAGUGGAGGGCCCCUUCACAGUAAAGGGAAAUAUCAAAAUAUACAGUUACAGAUAUGAAAAUAACUUUCUAAACUCCACGUUGAAUCGGUCGUGUGCAGAAUCUAAAGAUGAAACUCUAUUUUUUGAGUAAAUAAGAUAGAGUCAGUAGAACCACAUCAGAAAGCUGAAAGGGUCAAGAAACAUGGGAGCAGUGGUUCUGACUAUAUGCUACCUGUCUGUAUGAGAGCGCCUCCAUGUGGCUGUGUCACAACACAGCAGCCUUCACAUCCUGCAUGAGCCUUCUUCCAUCCUCCCUUUUCCCCUCCUCUCAUUGUUUCCGAUGUUCUCCUCCUGCCUGUGUCAGUGGUAACCGUCCAACACUCUGACAGACUCAGAAAACUAAAAAAGGGAAGAUGAUUAUGAUGAUGAAGGGAGUGUAGGUAUUUUUAUUUUUUUGAGGAAAUACACUUAAAUCUUUAUUGCUCUGGAUGAGUGUGGGUGAUCGGGGGAAACACUGCUUCUCCUUUUUCUCUCUUUCUGUCCUUGUUUCUACCUCCCCUUGGCAUUUAACUGUUUUGUUUGUUUGUUAAUUUUUGUUUGGUUUCUUUCUUUUUUUGUAUUUGAACCUAUAUUUACUGUUUAGACUGUUGCUGAACCUCUCUGUGAUAUCAAAAUGAAAGAAAAUGAACAAAAAAAACACCAAGUGUCUUAAAAUAUUGUAUUGCCAUCGUUUUUAAUGCCAAGUACUACUUGUAAAUGUUUGUGUAUCAAAUGUGGCCUCAAAUGAAACUGAACUAUAUUAUUAUUAUUAUGAUUAUUCUUAUUAAUAUUAUUUGAGCAGUUAUUUUAAACAAGUGCUGUAGACCACUGCUGUGAAAGUAGUUGAUUCUGUUCAUUGAUAUGUAAUAAAUAUUUAUGAAA